GUAGCAAUUCGCAAACAUCAAGUUUUUUCCGUGCCACAAGCUGCAUCACUUCACUUCCCACACAGCUGACUGAGAAGAUGCUUGACUCGUUGGGAGGCAAGCAGCAACAGAGUUCGCCCUGGUUCGAUAGUCUCUCCACAUCGUCGACUACAAUGAACAGUAACUCGUCGGUGUCGUCCGGAUCACCACCGAGUCUCUCGUCUCAUCUCAGAGACAACUCAGACGUACUUUCACGUCCCACAUGGCUCUUCAAUAGUCAGCCCGUCCACGAUCCGCUUUCGACACCUACUGAAGCGUUAUCCUCUUUAUUGGAUACAUUCUCAUCACCUGUUUCGGAUAAUUGUGGCGGUUUCUCUAUUGGACAACUCACUGGAUCUCCGUACAAACAGAUGGCAAGCUCGAAUAGGUUUGCGCAACCAAGUCGCCGAGCGUUUGGCAUAAUGUCAUCGCAUUAUGAUACAAGUAAUUCGCUCGGAGCUCCAGGGACUCCUAUAAAUGGUAACUCAAUGGCAUCGGCAAACAUAAAUCCUAUGGUAGGAGUGGUAACACCGCCGAAUGCACCUCCACCAAAGAACCCGAAACUGUACAAAACUGAAUUGUGCCGUUCUUGGAUGGAUCAUGGACGUUGUAACUAUGGUGAAAGAUGUCAAUAUGCGCACGGUGAACAGGAAAAACGUCCAAUACCACGCCAUCCGAAAUACAAAACUGAAGCUUGUCAAUCGUAUCAUCAAUCCGGAUAUUGCCCCUAUGGACCUCGUUGCCAUUUUAUUCAUAGUGAGGCAGACUUGCUUGCGAAUCUUCAAACACCGCCGACGUCGACGAUGCGUCCUAAUCACAACGCGUUUAUGCCACCCGUCUGCUCUCAACAGCUGUCUUCGUCGUCAUACGGAACUCAUCUAAGUCAAGCCAUGGGAGCACAGGGAAAUUCGCUUCGUAAUCAAAUGCUACAACGUAUGUCGUCUUUACCCGGAUACGGAAGUACUGGCGAGUCAACGGCGGGUAGCAGUAGCUCGGCUGAUAGUGGUUCCGAAUCACCAAAUGGCAGCUUCUCUCCGGGACUCGAUUUGGACGAUAAUGGCCCGUUCGGAGCCGGGUUUAUGGCACCACUUCCGGUCAAUCAACGAACCACCAACGGCUUGGGAGUAGCACCAGCACAACAGCAACAGACGCAGUUAUCGAACUCGUAUAAUAAUUACGAUUUGAGCAGAACGAGCGAUCCGAUGAUGAAUGGUCUUAUCGGAGACAUAAUGUCGCUGACAUUCGACGAGAAGUGGGAAAAGGCCCCAGGUCGACUUCCGGUGUUCGCGCAGCUCAGUAAUGGCCAGUAAAGCCGUUGUUUACGCCAUGCGUGCGUUUUUCGAACGAUGUAAAUCUUCUAUAGAUCACCAUCCGCUUGAUUUCCUCGAAAUUUAAGCCCGCAGCCUCUGUUAUAGAAUUUUCAAGGCUAUGCUAUCCCUUUGUUUACUUGUUUACGCUUUCUGAUAUCGCGCUACGCUUUUCCAUUUACUAAUCGCGCUUUUUGCAUGUAGAACAGAGUUGCUUUCUUCUCAUCGAUAUCCCGGUUCCUCUCUUUAUUGUUUUGCUAAAUUUUCGCAUAGUUCAUUUUCUCCUUCGAAAGAUGUACACAUUGUAGAUAAUGGAUGUUUGUGGCAUCCUUAGAUGUCGUGCCUGAUUCGUUGUGCCUUGCGAAUAUGCGCGCAAAAGAAUUAUCACGCUCGCUCGUUAAAAAGUAGGUAUCACAGCUACCUCAAAAACUCCUAUGCUUUUCCAUUUUUGAUUUUUUUCCUGGAAAAUUCUUUACUUAAAUCCCGGUUGCGCUAGGCAAAAUCGAAUCUUGUCUGUUUUCUCUAUGAUUUAUGAGUUCUAUAUCCACCAAGGCUGCUUAAUUUCUUUCUGGAGAUCUGGAGUAAUAGAGAGAUAGAGUUUUCGACCCCAUGAAAACAGCUACAUUUACUCGUUGAACUUUAUACGGCAGCGAUGUUACCGUAAUCCUACCGUAAUCCCCACUCGCCUUUGAACCCAAGACGAACAUCCAGGCGAAUACUGUAAAUUUGUGAAGCGAUUUAAUUUAUUCAAAAUUUUCUUGAUUUCUCUUAUUGCCCUACCUUCCAGCCUUUUCUUUUCUUACUAUUGUUAUUAUCAGAUAACUGCCGGUGUUAGAGCAUUACAAUCUUUUAGUGUAUUUCAAAUCUAAUCCUCAAUAAUCCCGCGUUCUACUACUGUAUAACCCGAAGUUAUAUUUCUAUCUACUGGAAGUGUUAGUCUUUGUACAAUUUUUCUAUAUUCUUCAUCACUAAUCCCCUUCCCCCCGCAGAGGAACUGAGACUUAUCAUCUUUUUGUUUUACUAAUCACUAUCUAUCUUUCUUAAGGUGUGCCACCGGUAUUUAAUAAGAUUGCAUAUUAAUAUUAUCCCGCAUUCAAUCGUUCUGACACGCUGGUUUUCUAAGUUUUGUAUUUUU